UUUAAAAGCAGUUAGACACAGUCCCGGUUCGAACGUGUUAUAAUAAUGAAGCUUUUAAAAGUGUUGCUAGUGUUCGGUGUGUUAUGCAAGACGAUGGGCGCCGAGAUAAAGAAAGAAGUUAAUUCUACUGUUAGCUUCAGCGUGGAAAAAGUUUGGGUUAGUUAUGGUCAUUCUACGUGUUCAUGUGAAGACAACUCUUGGAGAAAAAGCGUUCAAGAGUUCUACGACGGAUGCAGAACGGCGUCAAAGUCAUUCCGUGGAAAAGCUUAUGAAGUUGCCGACAACACAUUAGAUUCGAUGGCACAAGUUAUAACGAAAUUAAUUGAAUUCACUGAUUCCAACUCGACAAUAUUACAAUCAAGUUCUACCAAUAUUUUAGUAUCGGUGAGCAGAAAUAGUCGCCUUAACGGUACUAGUAUAAAUAUUGCGACCGAGUUCGAGAAAGUCUUUCCAACUGAAGUUAGAGAAUUAAUUGUUGUCGCUAAUAAAUUAUCGAAGCAUAUUGGUGAACUCGCACGUUCAUUCACAAAUGCUGUUAGAGAUUUCGGUACUGAACUUUCCAAAUUUUUGAGAAAAUUUCUACAAAGUUGCCGAUUGUUCAAUUGCAAAAAAACAGUUGAUUUCAAGUGCGUUCUGAAAAAAUACCAAAAACUUACGAACGUAGUUGCUCUCAUUGAUGAUACACUAUUGAACAAAUGUGGCGGUGACGUUUCCCAGGAAGUUUAUGAUUCAGUUCUAGUUUUUCAUUUGGUCUAUUUAUAUAUGGGGAUUUCACUAACAGGAAUGAAUAGUUGUGUCUUAGAUGUGCUCUACGAUCAUAAAGGUUACGUAUCAGAAGGCGUUAAGACUUGCUCGUUAUCAUUUGAAUAUGCAAUUCUGCAAGUUGUUCAAGCUGUUUCUGCAGUCGACACACCAUCCAUUAACAGCAUCAAAGGCCUACUAAAGGUAUUCGUCGACAUAGCCACGUCUUUGAAUGCCGUUGUAAAAGGCGUUCUUGGACUGGCUAACGAUGUGGUAAUAACAGUUGGAGAUACAGUUAAGAAUUUACUGAAUGGUGGCAAAGGACAAACAAGUAUCUUGCAAGGAAUACUCUAAAAAUUAAAAAUGAUGCUCAAUCUGACAAUUUCUAGCCAAUCUAUCAUUCUACAUGUACAUUAUGCGAUGUCCAUGUUCCUUUUAUAAAUAGUAUUUUACAUGACUAGCGAUAAAAAGAUGAAAAUUAGUUUUCGUGUGAAUUUUGUUGAUCCGAGGCGUGGCCGAAGUUAAUAAACACAUGAAAAAUAGACUUUUAAUAUUUAUCCCGAGUUAUGUAAUGUAUUUUACUUUGCUUGUUUAUUCUCUCACACAAUAAAAAGAAUGUUUUAUUUCAGUAUUGUAAUAAAGUCAAUGAA